AUGAUAUGCAUAAUAAAAUGCUUCAUCACUAUUCUACUUUUUAAAGGAAUAAUAGGACGAUUAUGUCCAGAAGGAUGGCUCUAUUCAAAACAAACAAAAUAUUGCUAUCAUUUGGUGACAAUACCAACGACAUUUAAUAAUGCUCAAUUUGCAUGUCUUCUACAAAAUGCGUAUCUUCUAAGCAUACAUAGUGAAGCAGAAAAUCGAUUUAUUUCUGCUAUGUUUGCAAAAAAUGGUCAUUCGAUAUGGCUUGGUGCUGCAAUUUUUGGUAAUUCAAGAAAGUAUGAAUACGUUGAUUCAACACCGUUUGAUUAUACCAAUUGGCAAAAUGGAACUCAGCCAAUUUAUAAGAAAAGUCGAAAAUGUGUUAAAAUUAGCUCAGAAAAUUGGAAAUGGUUUGAUGAUUGCUGCUACUAUCGCCCAGUAUCAUAUGUUUGUAAGAAAUUAGCCGGAAAAUAUGAGCAAUUAUACUGGAAAACAAUUGCUGAUAAAACAAGUAAUAUUAAAAAAAAUCAUAAUCAUCGUCAUUUGAAAUUAUUCAAUUAUAAAUUUAGUAAUGAAAAAAAUAAUAUUGUAAUGAAAGAAAACGAAAGAAGGAAUAAAGUAAGUAAUAUGGUAACAUCAUCUGCUAAUAAAAUUUACGACAAUAAAAUGCGUGAUAAAUUACGAACACGUAAGUAA